GGGCGCACAUCAUAGGAGAGUCACUUCUCUUCAAGCCCUGUGCUGAGGUCCCACUCAUGCGUGCCGAAGAGACCCGACGCUACGUGCGAGCUUCAGCCGAGAAAGGAUGAGGGCUCCAAACGAGGGGAGAGGAAAAUGAGGAUCCGCUUGUGCCAAGGUGUUGGUAGCAUCAUUGUCGUCACCAUGGUGACCAGUUUGAUGGUGGCGUACAACAGGAGAGCACGCGGUGGCAGAUCAUCGUCGGCGUUCUCGCCGCCAUCUUCAGCUUCAUCCUCCCGACAAAAAGAAGGUCCUGCACCUGCCGUGAGAAAAAGAUCACAGACGGCUUUGGUGGCAACACUCGGGGGCUACACGGCUGUCGAGGACUGCAAGGCUCUAAGGAUGCACUGCAGGACGUGCGCCCUCGUCACCAGCUCGGGCCAGCUGACCGGCGGAGAAAGAGGCCCAGAAAUCGACGGCUCCAAGUGCGUCAUCCGUAUGAACGACGCCCCAAGCGUGGGCUAUGAGCGAGACGUGGGCCGGCGCACCAGCCUACGCGUGGUCGCGCAUUCCAGCCUGCAGCGGGUGCUCCGCAGGCAACGAGAGCUGCUCAACGCCAGCCAGGGCACGGUGUUUGUCUUCUGGGGGCCGAGCAGCUGCAUGAAACGCGACGGCAGAGGCCACGUUUACAACCAUCUGAAGAUGUUGAACCAGCAGCUGCCCGGCCUCCACGUUUAUAUCAUUUCUCGACUUAAAAUGAUGGCCUUUGAUGAACUUUUCAAAAAUGAAACCGGUGUCGACAGGAAAAGUUCCAACUCCUGGCUGAGCACAGGCUGGUUCACGAUGGCCAUGGCCCGGGAACUGUGUGACAGGAUCAACGUGUAUGGCAUGGUGCCACCUGACCAGUGCAGAUCCGCCUCCAACCCGUCAGUGCCAUAUCACUACUACGAGCCUUCUGGCCCCUCCGAGUGCGCCAUGUACCUGUCCCACGAGAGAAGCCGGCGAGGGAGUCACCACCGUUUCAUCACAGAGAAGAUGGCCUUUGCAAACUGGGCUCGCAGCCUCGACAUCCAUUUUUACCAGCCGGACUGGAAGCCAGCAGCGGCAGCAAAUAUCUCCAGCGCCAUUCGGACUGGAUCCUGAAUUCUUUGAGAAUAAACAGAUAACAUCAGCGGACUCGAUAUCAUGUUGUUUUCCGUUUUCCGACAAGAAAUCAGUCAUCUAUCCACGUGAGACUUCGAAAUUGCUCACUUCGUGUAAAAUAGCGUCUCAAUCUACAAGUGAAAAUACAAUUGAUGUUUUUACUGUCGUGAGGGGGCUCGGCUUUCUCUUUAAAUGCGCUCAUGGAGAAUAAGUCGCCAUUUUCCAAGUUACAACGCGAAAGCUCAGCCGGACAUUGUACCCCUCCCUACCAAAUAACAACUUUAAAAAAACUACCAUGUCCUAAAAAUGUAAAUACAUCGGGGACGAAAAGCCCAUGUAACUUCUGCUUACAACCGAGACUAAAUUUAGCUCCUCCCCAACAUUCAAACACAUUUGUCUCUGGCCUCAACAUACUUCCUCGACACCAAUUACUACUUUGCAGUUAGUUAGGCCCUUGGCACCAUCUUGCGGUCUUAAAAUACGCAUUUCAUGUGUAAGAUGACACUCAUACAAAACUUUCAUAUGUUAAAUCAUCUUUUACCACUGAAAUGAACAGGAAAGCCAUUAAUUAGUUCCAGUCUUCAAUUUAAAAAAAAAACAACAAAAAAUGUUGUAAUGUGUAUUUUAAUGGAGGAAAACUAGCACUUUAUAACAGUGCACUUUAUUAAAACAUUAAGUAAUGACAUAAAUAAAAUGUUGCUUUUUUCACACAGUA